GACCAACUUCUUGAUUCUUGACCAUCACAUCACAUCCCCAUCCCGCUGGCUCACUUCUGUUUGUGUUGGUGGUGCCCCCACGUCUGUCUUUGGCUCGGCGCGUGCGUACAUCGUCUCCUUCUGUUUGUCUAUAGAUGCCCCUCUUCCUCUCAUAAUGCUUAGUCGUGCCGUACUGUCUCUGACGAGGCCAAACGUCCUCACCUCGACCGUUCGAGCCUCCACUGUAUCCGUGCCCCAUGCGCGCUGGUACGCAAAGAACAACAAGCCCAAGACCCCAUACAAGCUCCCUCAUCAGUCCAACAAGGCCGCCAAGUCCGAACAACCGGCCAAGCCUUCCUCUCAGAAAGAAUACUCCGCGGAGCAAGCUGAAUUCGAUACCAAGGCUGAACCGGCUGCCGAAGCUUCCGAGACCGGUUCCACAGCUCCCCAGAAAGAUACACCCCAAAAACCUCUUCCCGAUCUCACCCAGGGUAUUCCCUCCACCCUUGCCGCAGAAUUGGAAGCCCGCUCGAAGAACCGCGGCUCCACCACCCUGAAUCUCACUGAGGACCCAACGCGUGCGGAUGAAUACGAUGAUGGCGGUCGCGGCGAUGUCCCCAACUACGAAUCGUCUCUCGACCGCAAGCGCGCCCGCAUGGCCAACCUGGUCUACGUCAUGGUCCUGUUCGCAGGUGCCGGUGGUGUAGCAUACCUGGGCCGGAACUGGGAGACCGAGGAGGAAGAGAAGGCUCACCCCGAUGUUCCCUCGGGUUGGGGUUUGGGACUUAUGUAUAGCCGUGCUAAGGCCCGCUUGAGUGACAUCACCAGUUACUACAAGGACCCGGCUUUCACCAAGCUGCUUCCCGACGAAGAUCCCAACCUGCGCCAGCCUUACACCCUCGUGCUGAGUCUGGAAGACCUUCUGGUGCACAGCGAGUGGAGUCGUGAGCAUGGCUGGCGUGUAGCCAAGCGACCGGGUGUCGACUACUUCCUCCGCUACCUCAACCAGUACUACGAACUCGUCCUCUUCACUAGCGUGCCCAGCAUGAUGGCCGACCAGGUGCUCCGGAAGCUCGACCCCUACCGCAUCAUCCGCUGGCCUUUGUUCCGUGAAGCCACCAAGUACAAGGACGGAGAGUACAUCAAGGACCUGUCCUACCUGAACCGUGACCUGUCCAAGGUUAUCUUGAUCGACACCAAGGAGGAACAUGCCCGCCUGCAGCCCGAGAACGCCGUCAUUCUCGACAAGUGGCACGGUGACUCCAAGGACAAGACCCUGGUCGCGCUGAUCCCCUUCCUGGAAUACCUUGCCGGUAUGGGUGUGGAGGAUGUGCGUACCGUCAUCAAGUCCUUCGAGGGCACCCAGAUCCCCGUGGAGUUUGCCAAGCGUGAGAAGGCCAUGCGCGAGCGCUUCGAAAAGGAACUGGCCGAGGAGCAGAAGAAGCGCCCCCGCAGCGGCUUGGGCGGUUUCGCCUCUGCCCUUGGACUGAAGUCCGGCCGCACGCUGGACGGUGAGCAGAGCCCCUCGGAGGGCCUUGCCCAGGGUAAGAUGCUGUGGGACCAGAUCCGCGAGCGCGGCCAGAAGAACUACGAGAUGAUCGAGAAGGAGAUCCGCGAGAACGGCGAGAAGUGGCUGGCGGAGAUGGCCGCAGAGGAGGAGAAGGCCCGUCAGGAGCAGAUGGCGAUGAUGAAGGGUUCCUUCACCGGCAUGUUCGGUGCCGGUCCCAAGAAGGAGUAAAUCAGCCAUUGAGCAUGACAGUGGCGUUCACGGAGCGCUUGCAAUGACUUUCCUCUCUCUUCUCCCAAUCACGGAGUUAUUAUAAUGUAUAACCGAGAUGCUGUUUUGUUCUUGGGAACGGGGUUCACUUUAGAGGGUUCUUUGGUUCCUGUACCUCACAGGUUCCGUUGUAAAAUAGCAUUUGGUUGUGUAUUUGCAUGUAUAAAUUGAAUCAUUUUAAUGUC